GCUGCUGCUGUUGAUAAUGACAGUCCCAGUGGCCGUGGUGUAUCCCGUGGGGCUGUGGAGGUGUCGUGCGGGGCCGGCGGUGCGCUGCGUGUACGCCCCGCUGCUGCGAGCGAGUGGCUUACAUGCGGUGCGGGCAGCCGUGUGUCUGCAUGUGGGAAGUACGCAGACCUCUGCCGCCAGCGUACCGCAAGAACAGCAAGAACAACCACCAUUGCUACUACUACUGAUGGACAGCUAAAGGCGGUGAUGGCUUUUGUAGGUAGUACUAGGGUUGAUGUACCUUCGUAUAAUCCUGCUGAUUGGGAAAAAGUAGAAAAGAAGCAUUGGGAGUUGCGCAAGAGAGAAAAACUUACGUUUAAAGAGGCAGAAAAACUACUUGAACAAAUAAAUAAAGAAGAAGAAAUGAAGAAUCAAGAGGCACUAAAACUGAAACAGGAAAGUGAGGUACUGGAAAAUGCCGCAAAAGCACAACAAUUACAAGCUGCUGCAGAAGGUCAUGUUGCAGAGAAUACGUCUCUAGCUGCAUCAGAAGCCCAGGCAACAGCACUAACACAUAAAGGCGCACAACCAUCUCAAGGUGUUAAUUCACAUCCAAACGUACCACCAGCUGAGUCGGCAAACUCCACUGAUAACAGUAAUGGCAAUCAUGGUGAUGUUUUGCAGCAGUCUUCUCCAGCAGCUACAAGAACACAUCCAACAGUAACGCCAACUACGGGCGCACAACCAUCUGAAGGUGUUCAUUCCAAUUCAAACGUACCACAAACUGAGGCUAAAACAGCCCCAGAUAACAGUUCUGUUAAUCCUGGUGGUGCUAUGCAGCAUUCUUCUCCAGGAGAGGAGAGUACUGCACCCAGUGAUGUUAAUUCCGGUAACCAACCUACUGCAACUCCAAGUGCUGCUGCUAUAUCAGGCUCAGAAGAAACAAAUACCACUAUUCCGGCUAAUACCGGGAAUGCUGUCAGUGAAGAAUCAACCGCGACACCUUCUCUUGACUCUAAUCUUACCACGCAAUCUACUGCAACUGAUGAUGUAACUGCCGCACCAGCCUCACACGAAACAAAUACCACUACACCGCUGAGCCCCGAGAACACUACCACAGAAGCACCAACUACCACUCUAUCUCCAUCUCUCGUACCAAACGCAGAGAUCAGCAGCAUCGCUUCCGCAGUGCAGAAGAACAAGGGUAAUGCUGACAGCAGUAUCAUCAGUUCUGUGUGGGUGCGUGUGCCGCUACUGAUUGUGGCUGUGUUGGUCUCCGCUACCGUGUACUGA